AUGAAUCAAUCCGGCGGCGGGGAAGAACCUUUAAAAAUAAUUGCAGCUAAAAUUGGUGCCUUGUUAGCCAUUGGCUCCGUAUCGUUUUUUUGCGGUGUCAUACCUUAUUAUUCGAUAAGAGCGUUCAAAAAUCGAUUUCCCACGUCUAUCGCACAAAAAAUAACAUCAGGAUUUAUUUGUUUUAGCGGUGGUACACUUUUAGGAGUUACUUUCCUUCAUUUGAUGCCAGAAGUAAGGGAACGUAUAUCUUAUUUGCAAGAAAAACAUAACGUACUAGCUUUUCCGGAAAAUCUUCCUCUGAGCGACAUAAUUGCCAUGUCUGGAUUUUUCGGAGUUUAUUUAUUAGAUGAAUUAUUACACAUUGUUUUUUCUUUGGAUAAUCAUGAAAAUAGCAAGCAUCAAUUUUCUAACAGUAGAAGGAGUAAUCAUCAUGCUGUUUCAGCUCCGAUAUGUAUUUGUCAAUCUAAAACCGUUGCGAAUGACGUUACGGAAGAAAAAGAAUUGAUAUGUAUUAUACAAGAGACUAAUAAUAGUGAUGCUAAGGGUAGCGGUAUAGUUCUCAACAGAGCCGAACAUGCAUCGAACGUGCAUUGCUUUAGCUCUCACGCAAUGUCACCAGUAUCGGGUCUUAUAACGAUUGCUGCUCUUUCUUUUCACGAUAUAUUCGAGGGUAUUGCAAUCGGCAUAGAACAAGAUCUCAAUUCAAUUCUUUUUUUAUAUUUAUCAAUCGCAUCCCAUAAAUACGCCAUAGCUUUUUGCAUAGGAAUGGAUUUAGUCGUGGCGGGUUCUCGUUUGAAAAUGAUAGUUCUUUCGAUGAUGGUAUUUAGUUUGGUAUCACCGGUCGGUGUUAUUAUCGGUACCGUUGUCGUCGCAGAAAAUACAUUACGUGAAAAAUACGAAAUUGAUUCACCUGCUAGCGUCAUCAUGCAAGGUAUUGCCGGUGGCACUCUAAUAUAUAUUGUUUGUUUUGAAGUUUUGCAACGAGAAGUCACGGACACGCAUAAAAAAGGAAUACAAAACGUCAUGUUUGUAAUUUUUGGAUUUCUCGUUACGUUAGGAUUUAAAAUAUUAACAGGACAUUCUCAUCCGUGA